AUGAAGUUCUUGUUCAAGUUCCGAAGACCUAAGGGAUAUAUUGAUUUUAUACUUCCUGAAAUCAAGUCUUUGGCCAAUCUGUACUCGAUGCUUCCCAACCAAAGGGUAUUCGCUUCAAUGAAAAAUAUCUCCCAGGAAAGAGAGAAACUAAGAAAACACAGGAUGCAAAAACUCGAACUAGAAAGCCAAGAAGUUGCUCAUAAAAUCCUAAAACGAUCAAUACUCAUCGAUAGCAUGACCAGUAUUCACUCUGAGAUAAACGGAACACAACAAAUUCCUAUCGUUGGACCGGAAAUUCUGGAGCAGAACAAAUCAAAAACAUUCCGAAUAGAUAUGACUCUGACAAAUCGAGAUAGCAGUUACCAAGGCGUAUCUCAUUUCCAAAAGCUCAAGCUAAUCAAGCAGUUUUACAGAAACAACGAUACCCUGGGAAAAAAAUUUGACUUGGAUUCACCAGAAGUGAUCUACCACAUCCACUUUGACUAUCAGCACAAUAAGACUUACCUAGGCCAGAGAUAUGAAUCAGAUUAUUACUAUAAGAAAUAUCGACUGACAAAUAGACCUUUCAGAGGAUUUACAUGUACAAAAGCUGAAUUAGCAUUUCUCAUGUGAAACCUUGCCGAGUUGCCUUCGGAUACCAAUUGAGUUGUCUAUGAUCCUUUUGUAGGCUCAGCAAGCACUCUUUUAUCUGCUGCUCAUUUAGGUGCUAACACAAUUGGGUCAGACCUGGCCUACAAAACAAUGUUUGGUAAACCAAAGCUCAACAAGGAUCAAAAGAAUGUUUUUACAAAUUUCGAUCACUAUGGGCUACCCAGACCUCAACUAUUCCUCAGUGAUUUCUCCAGAAGUAGAAUGAGAAGAGAAAUAUUUGACCAUAUUAUCUGCGAUCCUCCCUAUGGGAUUCAGGCAGCUUCCAAAGUGUUUAAUGGCAGUCUAAGAAUUAAAAGCUCUAGAAAUAACCAGUACAGUUAUAAAGAUGUAAUUGAUGAUCUGUUAGCCAAGAGUUAUCAUUGGCUUAAGCCUGAUGGAACGCUUGUGUUCCUGUAUUACAUCGAUAAAGACAUACCUCACAAAUUUCCCUACGACUUCGUGACAAGAUUUCCUUCAUAUCCAGGGAUGAUACUCGAAGAGUUCUGUGAGAACCCCCUCAUCAAGAGCCGGGUGAGAUAUGCUGUGAAAUUUCGUUUUUUAAAAUAAAUUUUCAGCCUCAUAAAAUUUUGAAGGGGUUU